AUGCCGUCAGUUCCGACACCCUUUGCUAUCCCGCACGCCGCCCCGCUUGCCGAGCUCGCCACUAACGCCGCCUACCUUCUCCAUCCGGCAUGCCAUGCUUACGCGCUUGCGCUCGCCGAGUGGGCUCUUGGCAGGGUCUCCGCUGAUGGCGAUGAUGCUGACUCGCCGCUCUCCGAGGCCUCCUCGGGCGUCUUUUCGCCGGCCCUCGUCGCCGACGCGCUCGUGGCCUGGCACCCGCCCUUUGCCGCCGCCCUCGCCGAGCUGGACGGCGGCAAUGAGAGGGCAGCCCGCCUUCUUGGCGCGCCGCUCCGUCUCGAGCGCGACCUCGCUGUCGCCGCCUCCGACGACGGCCUUGGUAACCUCGCCGGUGGCCUCCUUGUCCAUGCCGCAAACACCACCCAGGCCGCGCUCUACGCUCCGCUCAAGACCGCGGGCGUCCUGAAGUUCCUCGGCAGCGUCACUGACAUCGACUCGGCCUUUCUUGACGAGUGGCGCGCCGCCCCGCCGGAGCUCCUCCGCCACGGCCUUUGGAUCAAGUCCAACGGCUCGCCGCGCAUCAUUCUCGCCCUCCGCGAUGCCCUGGUCUGGCUCGCCCCACCCGAGUCGUCGUCAUCGCUCCGCAAAAUGCGCCACGGCCUCAACAAGCUCAAGAGCAGUUUCAAAAAGCUCGGCACCCUCACUGCAGGCCUCACUGCUUCAGGCCCCUCCGGCCCCGGCGAGUAUGCCAUCCAGAACCUGCCGGGCCUUCCCUACGUCCUCAACGGCCCGCCCAUCCCCUUCUCGCUCGCUCCGCUCUUCCGCUACGUCAUCCCCUACACCGCCAUUGACGCCAUCCGCGCCUCGCCCUCGGACGACACGGCCUUUGACAUUAUCUGCACACCCCUUGCCGCCCACACCGCCGCCAAGAAGAAGAAGCCCAAGGCUACAAAGCACUCGUUCUCCGUCGCCUCGCCCGUCGUCCGCACCGAGUGGCUUUGGCUUUUGCAGGAUCUCUGGCACGCAGCACUCGCCCCGCGCCAGCCAGCGGUCGAUGGCCUCGACCCGGCCGUCCGCCCGCAAUCGCUUAUCCUCGCCUCCCUCUGGCUCCAUCACGCACGCUCCUCCCCCGCCGUCGCCUCGGUCAUCGCCACCGAUCCGGUCUCAGACUCGGACGCGGACUCGGACUCGGACUCGGAUCCGCUGCCUGCCACCUCGCCGCCCUCUGCCCCUCCUGCCGCCUCGCUCACCGUCGACUCGUUACAUCUUCCCGACGACGACGAAGUGUCCUUCAACGCUGUCACAGCUCCCAACACCUCUUCCGACAACGACGAUGACGACGAGCUCGCUCUCCUGCACUAGCCGUAGCCACAUCCGCCGCCCUCAC